UUUGCAGGUGCGCAUAUUAAAGUUUACCGAGCGCUAUCUCGUAUUGGUUUGAAUUGCAUUCGGGAGAUGUUCCGUCCUCUUCAUCGUCCACCACCACCGAAGCCUGGUGUUAGGGGCUUUCUCUUCUCUCUUUACCAAGAUCCCUGGAGGUGGUCCCUGGUGAAGAGCACUUUGAUGUUUGCUGCUGGGGUUGGCAUUGCAAGAGAAUUUGUUGGAGUUGAACUCAUGCCAGCAAUUUCUGCUUGAACAUCAUCUUUGUGAUCGUAGUUUUUUAUGUUCCUGUGAGAACACAAAAGAACAAUUUUGUAUAUGCUGUCAUGGUGAAUGUGGUUCAACAGAGAAAUAGGAUGGCAAUAAAGUGUCCAGGUGUUCGAGUACUAGCAUGUCUACUUAUCGUUUCCUCUGUUGUGCUCUCACUUGGAGUGUAUAAUGGAGUAUUGUAUCCAUCUGAGAAGAUUGCCCAGGAGAAGAAGCCAAAUUUCAUUAUCUUCUUGACAGAUGAUCAGGAUCUGGUACUGAACAGCAUGAAUGCAAUGCCAAAACUGAAAAAUCUCAUUGGAGACUAUGGCAUUACAGCUAAAAACAUGUUUGCCACAACACCCAUCUGUUGCCCCAGCCGAGCCAGCAUUUUUACUGGUCUUUACAUGCACAAUCACCAUACAUACAAUAACACCAUGGAGGGUGGCUGUAACAGUGUGGAAUGGAGGAGGAAGAAAGAGCCUCGAGGUUUCCCUGCAAUUUUCAAGGAGCAUGGUUAUAACACAUUUUAUGCUGGGAAGUACCUCAACAUGUAUGGGAAGAAGAAGGGGGGUGGAGUGAAGCAUAUCCCUUUUGGGUGGGACUGGUGGAUUGGUUUGGUGGGUAACUCUGCUUACUACAACUACUUCUUGUCUGUGAAUGGGACCAAGAUUCCUCAUGGUCAAAACCCCAGUAUUGAUUAUCUCCCUCAUGUGCUGGAGAAGCAUUGGCUUCUUCGCCAAGAGCCAAACCCACUUCCAAUGGAUGCGAUUGCUGGAGUUGAUGAAGUCUUUCGAAAUCGCUUGAGGACACUUCAAACUGUAGAUGACAUUGUAGCCAAUCUCCAUGGACUUCUGAAAGACAAGAACCUCCUCGAUGAGACAUAUCUUAUCUUCACAUCUGACCAUGGAUAUCAUACAGGGAUGUUCUCUCAGCCAAUAGACAAGCGGCAACCAUAUGAGUUUGACAUCAGGGUGCCCCUGCUUGUAUCAGGACCCAUGAUACCCAAGCAGAAGGUGCUUGAUGAUGUGGUACUGAACAUUGACUUAGCCCCCACCCUUUUGGAGAUGGCCAAGAUUCCAAAGCCAGAUGAUCUUAUAAUGGAUGGACAGUCAUUUGCUCAUUUAUUAUUUCAGAAAACUUCUGAUGAACAAAUUCCUCAUGACUUCCGAGAUGACUUCCUCAUAGAAUACUCUGGACAAGGAGGAGAGGUGGGCUCAAAAACUUGCCCCAUUUCCCAAGAUCCCAACGUUUCACAAUGUCUUGAAAAAUUCUACUGCAAGUGCCAGGAUGCAAGGAACAACACAUAUAUGUGCUUGAGGCAGUUAAACUCGAAGCUCAAUACAAAGUUCUGCAUCUUCCUUGAUGAUGAGGUGAACCUGGUUUCUAGACCUCAUUUUCUUAACUUUAUUGAGCAUUAUGACCUGAGCAAAGAUCCAUAUGAGCUUCACAACUUGAACGAGGUUCUUGCUGAAUCAGAACGGACAGAGUUGAGAAGUCGUGUGCUCGAACUCUCACGUUGCAGUGGUCUUUCAUGUGUCUAAUCCUUAUCUGGCAGUUAUGUGUCUGUGUUCAAACCAGUUAUAAAAGAGACUUGGGUGCUAGUGGCUUCUCUUGGCCCAUGUAGUUGAGUUCAAUAUGAC